AGAAAGAAAUAUGUCUCCAGCUACAGGUUCAUCAAGAUGGAGCCCUACCACAGAACAACUCAUGAUCUUGGAGGAACUGUACAGGAGUGGCAUUAGAACUCCUAGUGCCUCUCAAAUUCAGCAAAUAACAACACACCUUUCCUUCUAUGGCAGGAUAGAGGGAAAGAAUGUGUUCUACUGGUUUCAGAACCACAAAGCUAGGGAUAGGCAGAAACUCAGAAGGAAACUCACCAAGCAACUGCAGCUACAGCAGCAGCAACAACAACAACAACUCCAACUCCAUCAUUGUCAACUCAACCAGGAUAUCACUAACCAUUAUGUUGCUUAUCCUCCUCGUUCUACCACCCAAGAUUUUCCCUUUUUUAACUCACCUACCUUGCUUUUUCAGGGAAGAGCUGCAAACACAUCAGAACAGGCAUUCAAUUGCAAAUGGAGUGUGUAUAACAACCCUCAAAGUAAUUUGGUGGAGAAGAAAGAGACGACAUUCUGUAACUACGGUUGGACAACACUUGUCGAUGCUUAUCAAGCAUCUUCAUGUUGCACUCGACCUCUCAAGACUCUUGAUCUCUUUCCACUGACAACCACCAGAAUCAAUGAAGACUGCACCACACCACCCAAGUAGUUCUAAUAACUCUAUUACUGUUCCACUCUCACCAACUAAAAACCUAAAACUGCAUGUGUGACAUUGGAUGUUAAUAACCUAUUGCUUAAGGAAAUUAAUCUCUAUAUACAGUGCUUCUAAGGGUACCAUGCUGGGAUCAAUGUACCGAUUACCAAAGAAUACUUACUCUUGUACGUAGGAUCUUUGGUUGCACCAUGUGAAAGCAUGAUGGAAGUUCAAUGCUUUCUUUGUGUGGGUACAUGGUAUAUCCCAGUGUGAUACUAAGAUUAUUUUAUCUCAUAUAAUGAACUUUGUCACUUGUUUCUAAGUGUUCUUCUGUCAUUUCGAUUUUGUUGUCUUCACUUUCAUUAGUUUAGCUAGUUAUGAGAUAAAUAUUUUGACUAUUCUGCCGAGUUUGUAUGGGAAUUGUCGAAACGGUAAUUUGUGUAUUGAUAUUAUAUGGUCCCGACCUGUUA